AUGGUUUUAUGGCAUGGUGGCCGUGGCCGCCCCAACACCAGACGCACUGUCACUGUGACGGCACUGCGCCCAUGGAGGAGGGGUGCUUCUGACAUGGCGACCAUCAGCACCCGGCCCUGUUUUGACUCGCCCGUUUACUCUUCAGCCUUGCCGCGUCCGAGUAGUGGAACAGUCCGCCUCUCUGCCAGCCUAAGCGGAGCCGGGGGCAGCGGCGAAUCAGCGGCCGGAGGGGUCUGGUUUGUUUUACGCAGACGUGCCGAUCCACGAUCCAAUGCGUCCCAUCACCAAGCCUCCACUCCAGCUGGGAAAACACUGGCCUGCACGCCCGCGACGCACCUCGUCCCUGCAACCUCACGCUUGCGUGGCCCCUCUGAGACGCCGCCUGUUGUGCUGGCUGUGUGCUGCCAUGGCUUACCCGCCUGGCUGAUGAGAGAGAUAGCCGUCCUGGUGGAGCGUAAUCUGGGCAUGCGGUACCAUAUUGGCUCCCUACCAGACAACGCUGAUCGCGAGGCACCGAUCGUGUCUUUGCAAACGGUUGCUCCCAUCGAAACCUUCUUGGCCUCUUGUCCUCGUCGGCCCAGCACUACCAGCGACAUUCAUCUGACAAUCCUAUGGCGCCUUCGCAGUGCGACCCUGACAGGCUCAGCUCGCGACAUGUCAGCCUUUUCCCCGCCCCGUGCUCCACACGCCGUGGCCGGGCCAAAGGUGCGAGAAGACGCUUAUCAAUUGUGUUUCAUGUCUGAAGGAUUCUCACUCGACACCGAUAAAAAGGCCAUUCAACCGUGA